CGUCAAAACGCCCGUCAGGAGGGCAUCGCCGGUCGGCAGAAACCCUUCUCCCCCCCCGCUCCAUCCCGUCGCCCUCCCCACCCGAAGCCCCAAAAAGCAAAUUCCCACCCUUUUCCCCUCGCCGUCUCCACUUGAUCCCUCUCCCCCACGCCUUCCGCCGGAUCUCCACUAUGGAGGACGACGACGACGCCCGCUCCGACUCUCUGUCCCCAUCCCCGCCGCCGUCGCCGCCCGCGCCCCUGCACCCUGUCUCCGUGGUGGCGCCCUCCACUGUCGACGACGACCCGAGCCCCGACGCCAACGGUCGUACCGCCAUCGAGCCCGUCACCGUCGCCGCCCCGCCCCACCACUCCCUAACCCUAGCCCUCCCCAUUCAACGACCCUCCGCCGCCAGCACCCCUGGCGGCGGCGGCCGGGAAGAUUGCUGGAGCGAGGGCGCCACCUCCACCCUGAUCGAUGCGUGGGGCGAGCGGUAUCUGGAGCUCAGCCGCGGCAACCUGAAGCAGAAACACUGGCAGGAGGUGGCCGACGCCGUCACGAGCCGCGAGGGCUACACGAAGACCGCGAAAACCGAUGUCCAGUGCAAGAACCGGAUCGAUACUCUCAAAAAGAAAUACAAGAUCGAGAAGUCCAAGAUCGUCUCCGGCGUCGCCGCCACCUCCUCCUGGCCCUUCUUCAGCCGCCUCGAUGACCUCCUCGGCCCCAACCACAAGCCCACCCCGGCCCCAGCCCCUGCCCCGGCCCUGCCUCCCCCUGCCAAUCCGAGCAACCCGCAACAUCCCUCGAAAAUUCCGGCCGGCGUCCCGAUCCUCCCCCAAUUCCCCCAGCGGCAGCGCACCUCUCACCGCUCUUGGAACCAGAGCAAGAAGAGGAGGAGAUCGCCGCCGUCGGUGUCGUCCCGGUCGGCCGGGAGGUCGGCGGACUCAUCCGACGGGUUCCCUCCGGAGCCGUCUGCGAACAGGAAGAGGCGGAAGCGGGCGAGCGGGGUGGAGGACGAGAAGGAGGGGAUGCAGGAGCUGAUGCAGGCGAUAGUGAGGUUCGGGGAGGUGUACGAGAGAGUGGAGAGCUCGAAGCUGCAGCAAGCGAUGGAGAUUGAGAAGCAGAGGAUGGCGUUCACGAAAGAGCUGGAACUCCAGAGGAUGGAGUUCCUUAUGAAGACCCAGAUGGAGCUCACCCAGCUGAAAAGCCGCCAUCUUGGGAAGAGGAGGAGGAGGGAUGAAGCUGGUGACAGCGGCAACCGCCGCCGCCACCACCACCACCGGAACGGCAACAGCAGUAACAGUAAUAACAGUCAAAACAGUGGGUAGAUAAGGGGUAGGUAGGAGAGUUUUAUGGUCAUUUGGGUGUUAGGAAAGAUUUGGAAGCCAAUGUCAGCUAGAUCUAAUAUGGGAGUUUGUAGACAGCCCUAUCCCUCUUCUGCAAUCUAAAGAAGGUUGAAAGGAAUUGUACUCUGUUCUCUGUCAGGCAAAUUUAAUGAUUAAUGUUACGGUGUUGGUAAUUAUGAAAAUGAUCUUUUUUAGAAAAUGGAUGUGCUUUUCUCUGAAAUUUUUGACAGAUGAUGUAAAGUGGAAAGCUUCUGAGCGGCAGGAUGAAUUUGGAAAUCAAAUGUUAGGAUUA